CCACGGAGGGGACAUGUACACUGAUCAUCAGGGCACUGAUGAUCAGUCCCCAGCAGUGCCACCUGUCAGUGUCCAUCAGUGCCACCUGUCAGUGUCCGUCAGUGUCCAUCAGUGCCACAUCAAUGCCACAUAUCAGUGCCUACCAGUACACAUCAAUGCCACAUAUCAGUGCCCAUCUGAGCUGCCUUUCAGUGUCACCCAUCAGUGCCAGUCAGUGCCACCUAUCAGUGCGCAUCAGUGCUGCCUAUCAGUGCCAGUCAGUGCCACCUAUCAGUGCCAGUCAGUGCCA